CCACCUCUCACCUCUUCCCAAGCUGCCUGCCAGCACAUUUCCUUGGCAGCCAGGGCAGUGUGUGUCCCAGGGCACGCACACAGGUCACUGUGCAGGACACAGAGUCACAGAGCAUAGGGCUCUGGGCACCAGGCUGGAAUCUGCAGCUGGGAUAGGAGCAAGCAUGGUGGGGCAGCAGGCGCUACUGCUAGCUGGCUUGUUUUUGCCUGGGUUCCUGCUCUCCGAUGCUGCGAAAAUUCUGACUUCUUUUGCACUGGGUGGAAGCCAUUAUCUACUACUGGACCGUGUAUCUGAGAUUCUUCAAGAUCAUGGUCAUAAUGUCACUAUGCUUUUUUACGGAGAAGAGUUUUUAAUCCCAGAAAAGGGUGAAACAUCAUAUGAAGUUAUCAGUUGGCUUCCACCUGAAGAUCAUAAAAAAGAAUUCAAGAAAUGUUUUGAUUUCCUUGUGACAGAAACUUUGCAUGGCAGGGAAGCAUUUGACAACUUUGUAUCAUUAAUGAAACAACUGGGAAUUCGAUGCAGUGGUUUGCUAAGGAGAGGUGAUAUCAUGGAUUUCUUAAAAAAUGAGAACUUUGACUUGGUAUUUGUUGAAGCACUUGACUUCUGUUCUUUCCUCAUUGCUGAGAAGCUUGGGAAGCCAUUUGUGUCAAUUCUUCCUACCCAAUUUGGAAGUGUGGACCAUGGGCUACCAAGUCCUGUGUCUUAUGUUCCAUUAUUCCGUUCCUUGCUCACUGACCACAUGGACUUCUGGGGCAGAGUGAGGAAUUUUCUGAUGUUCUUUGAUUUCUCCAUAAAGCAAAGGCAAAUCCAUUCUACCAUUGAGAACACCAUCAAGGAACAUUUCCCGGAAGGCUCCAGGCCAGUUUUGUCUCAUCUUUUAAAGAAAGCAGAGCUGUGGUUUGUUAACUCUGACUUUGCCCUUGAAUUUGCUAGGCCCCUGCUUCCCAACACUGUGUAUGUUGGAGGCUUAUUGGCCAGACCUGUUAAACCAGUACCACAAGAAUUUGAGAAUUUCAUCAGCAAGUUUGGAGACUCUGGUUUUGUCCUUGUGGCCAUGGGCUCCAUAGUGAGCAACUAUCAGUCCCAGGAAGUUCUCAUGGAGAUGAACAGUGCCUUUGCUAAUCUGUCUCAAGGUGUGAUAUGGAAAUGUAAGUUAUCUAAGUGGCCCAAAGACGUCAAAUUGGCAGCAAAUGUGAAAAUCGUGGACUGGCUUCCUCAGAAUGACCUCUUGGCUCACCCACGCAUCCGUCUUUUUGUCACUCAUGGUGGGAUGAAUAGCAUAAUGGAGGCCAUCCAACAUGGUGUACCCAUGGUAGCGAUUCCUGUCCUUAAAGAACAGGCUGAAAACAUGGUCCGAGUAGAAGCCAAAAAGUUUGGUGUCUCUAUUCAGUUAAAGCAGAUCAAGGCAGAGACAUUGGCUCUGAAGAUGAAGGAAGUCAUAGAAGACAAGAGGUACAAGUCAGCAGCGGUGGCCGCCAGCAUCAUCAGGCGCUCCCACCCCCUGACCCCUGCCCAGAGGCUGGUGGGCUGGAUCGACCACAUCCUCCAGACAGGGGGUGCGGCCCACCUUAAGCCCCAUGCCCUGCAGCAGCCGUGGCAUGAGCAGUACCUGCUGGACGUCUUCUUGUUCCUGCUGGUGGUCACCCUGGGCACCCUGUGGCUCUGCGUGAAGCUGUUGGGCAUGGUGACCAGGUGGCUGUGUGGGGCCAGGAAGCUGAAGAAGGCCUGAUGGGGAUAUAAUGUUGAUGGUUGUCUCAGGACCCACUGGUUGUACAAGGCUUCCAACAAACACAGGACACUGCUGGUGUCUUCCCCAUAUUGGCACUUUAGGGUGGAACACAAAUAUCUCCUCAUUAUAAUCUGCCUCUGCUUAGAAAUUCUUAUGAAGUAAUCUUGGGAUCUUUUUUAAAAUUGUGGUAAAAUUUAUAUUAUGUAAAAUUUACCAUUUUAACCAUUAA